AUUGGCGCAUUUUGGACUUGAUUUUGUUUAUUUUGUUGGUGUGAUAAACCACUGAUUUACUGCGAUGUCGCAGCAAGGAGCAGCUUUACAGUCGUAUAAUAAUGAACUUGUAAAAUGCAUUGAGGAGCUUUGCACGAAGCGAGACGGUCUUCACAAACUCAUCAUCACUGAGGAGGAUGAGAAGCAGAAGAUACAGAGCGAUAUCCGCAUCCUGACCGAGAAACUCACUAAGGUCAACGAGAGUCUGGCUAAGAAGAUAGCUACUCGAAAUGAGUAUGAUAAGACGAUAGCGGAGACAGAAGCAGCCUAUAUGAAGAUCAUAGAGAGCUCGCAUUCAUUACUCAACGUUCUACAGAGGGAAGCUUCUGUUCUCAAAGACAAAGGUGUGCCUGGUUUCGCAAACAACGCAUCAGCAUCAUAGCAUUUGUGUUAACGGUCAGUGGCAGAGUUUAGGGGGACAAUGAGGGCAGUGUUUAGUUGGUUCGAAGAGAUUCCAACGAUUUCCUCCUCUGAAGUAUAAUAGACCUUAUGCGCAUGGCGUAAUUUCAGUAGUGCGCCCUCACCCAGAGGUACAAAAGGAGGUUGUUAAUUGGCCAAUCUUGUGUGCCGCGCGAACAAAUCUGUGUGUUUUGAUUGUUUCGUCACCGUUUUACCUCUAAGAGUGCGGCUGGAUGAUGUCAAUGCAUAAGGUCUAUUCUGGCUUAGCCACUGAUUAUAAAAUUAUGUAAUGAUAAAGUGCCUUUGUUUUUGGCAGUUUUGUAUUUAAGUUUGCCAUGAAGGACAACAGUUUUGUAGUACUAUGUACAAAAAUUACUGUAUAGAUGUCUGUAACAAUACUCUAUUUAUAAGUUAACCGUGUACUGUCUAAAUGCAUUAACCACAUAUCGCUGGCUGGGACGGUUUAUCUAUCCCUCUAAACCACAGUGGUUUACAUUGAAGGCUCAGAAGUACCCAACCAAAACAAUUGCAUACAAACCAGUUAUGUACCAAUAGGGAAUAGCCCCCUCUGUUGGUGAGAUGCAUCACAGCCUACAAAUAGAUCACAUCCGUUUUGAUUCUUUGUUAGUACAAUGCUAUUGUUAGAUUAUUGUAUUCGUACCCAAAGACCAUUCUCAAAAUACUGCCUAUGGAUAUGAAACCAUUCACUUGCGUUAUUUCCUCAAUUCUCGAUGCUUCUGUUGGUUACAUGAUGGGCAGUAUACUGAGAACACCAAUAGAAGGCUUCCUGGAAGAGGAACAAAUAUUUUUCUCUCACUACUGAAUGACAAUUUCAAAAUACUCCGAAAGAAACCCCAGGGGAAACCACCCAGGUUUUUUUUUUUUUUUACCUGCUACCUAGAAAAUGAAAUAUCGGUAUAUAGGCUGAUGAGUUGUGAUACUUUGUCAGUAAUGUA